GAAGCUUGUUGCUUAAAUCUGUGCAGUGCCACAAAGUACGAACCGAGUUCGUCCGCCCGGGCCCCGCUUCUCCUCCGCCGUGCUAAUGUUACUGCGGUCGACGUGUUGAUAAAACAGUUCCCGGCUGAGAUGGACCGUUGAUCCGAACCCGUCCACCCACCCACUUGACGUCUCGUUUUCCCCCCAGACUCCAUGGUGCUACCGGGCCGUGUGUCGGUGUCCUCCUGGCCGGUGCGUGACUGCUGUUGCCCGGGGAGCGGUUCCUCUUCUCCGCGGUCGUGGUGAUGAUGAUGAGAUCAACAGAAAGUGCCUUUGACAAGACCUCCCCUACUUGAAGCCGUACCGUGUUGAACACCUGUACCCACUUUAAGGCCUCCUGCUCCGCUGUACCUCACCUGCAAACCGUCUGAUUCACUGGCCAAUAGAUUCACAGAUUUGCGCAUUAGGUUUUUCGAGGAGAGGGAGGAAACUCUUACAACGGACGGGUUUCUGCAGAUGUUGCCAUGAGGUCUUCUUGCCUGUCCUUUGACCAGGCGAUGUAGAGGACUUCACAUUUGAAUGUAUUGUAGAACCAGCUACCUUGGUUCUUCCUUGUAUGGCUGUUAACUUUUCCACAUUUUGUGUUUUUUUUUUUGCCUUGAUACUCGAUCGGCUUAUGGACGACAACUCAUUUUGUUUCAAUCUAUUUUCUUUUUAACAAUGAGGGACAUCUCCGCAUAGGUAGAUUGUUUUAUUUCUCAGCACGUGUGACGUCAGGUUUUAACGCCUCCAAAAAGAUAACCCCCGAUAUCUGGCCAUGGCUUUGAAUAUGUCCUCGAUAAGGGACACAAAAUGGCUAACUCUGGAAGUGUGCCGGCAGUUCCAGAGAGGAACUUGUUCACGUAGUGACGAGGAAUGCAAAUUUGCACAUCCACCAAAGAGCUGCCAAGUGGAAAAUGGGAGAGUUAUUGCCUGCUUUGACUCUCUGAAGGGUCGCUGCUUAAGAGAAAACUGCAAGUAUCUCCAUCCGCCAUCGCACUUAAAAACACAGCUGGAGAUCAACGGACGCAACAACCUGAUCCAGCAGAAGACUGCGGCCGCCAUGUUGGCCCAGCAGAUGCAGUUCAUGAUCCCAGGAACCAGCAUGCAGGCCAUGCCCACGUUCUCCAUGGCCCAGGGGCUGGGCCCGAGCCCCGGCCUGAGCUACAGCCCCUACCUGACGCCCAUGAGCCACGGCAUGGGCCUGAUGUCCACCGAGAUGCUCCCCAGCAACCAGAUGCUGGUGUCGGGCAGCCCCACGGUCGCGGUCCAGAGCCAGAACGCCUCGAACUCCCCCUCACAGAAGCAGCGCUCGGACAAGUUAGAGGUGUGCCGAGAGUUCCAGCGGGGGAACUGUGCGCGGGGCGAGACGGACUGCCGCUUCGCCCACCCGGGCGACAGCCCCAUGAUCGACACCAGCGACAACACGGUCACCGUGUGCAUGGACUACAUCAAGAGCCGAUGCUCCCGGGAGAAGUGCAAGUAUUUCCACCCUCCUGCACACUUACAGGCCAAAAUCAAGUCUGGCCAGCAGCAGGUCAACCAGGCGGCCGUGGUGGCGCAGGCAGCGGCCGUGGCGGCCAUGACUCAGUCGACUGCCAAAGCAAUGAAGCGACCCCUCGAGGCUACGUUAGACCUGGCCUUCCCCCACAGCAUGCUGCACACCCUACCAAAGAGACAAGCUCUGGAGAAGAGCAACGGGGCCAGCCACCUCCUCAACCCCAGCUUCUUGCACUAUCAGCAGGCCCUGGCCAACGCGCACCUCCAACAGCCCACCUACUUCCCCACAGGGUCUGUGUUUUGCAUGGCUCCUGCUACCAGUGUUGUCCCCAUGAUGUACAGUGCUGCUCCCGCUACUGUCUCUGCAGCCAACGCCCCCACCUCCAGCCCCUACGCAGCGGCAGCAGCGGCCAAUCAGAUCAUCCUCAAGUAACGCGUUGGGGGCGGAGCGAGUGCCAAGCAGCCCUGGAGCCCCUCUGUAAAUACCACGAGCACCCCGCCCCCUCACCGCAGACCGCACGCUGACACCUGGUCACCACGACGACCGCCCCGCAGGC